AUGUCCAUAAACAAUAACGCUUUUCCGCUGACGGCAAUUGACCGCGAGAUUCUUGCCAUGAAGGACGAGGACUUUUCUCUCGUCACAUGGGAAGAACUCAAAGAAAUCAUUGCUGCCAAUCGCCUUGAACAAUUGAAGCGUCGUCCUUCCGACCUGCGUCGUUAUAUUGCAUGGUCUUCAGAGACCAAGGCAGAGUAUGGUACCAUUACAAAUUUCGUCGUUCAGAAGCGUCUGCACUGGACUCCUUUGCCCUCUUCGACUCCUGGUGAACCACCCAAGUUUGAGUUCCGUGACCCCAUACCCUUCAAGGAUCAGGGCGACUUCAAAAUCUUGAGAAACGACUGGCCGUAUGGACUAGACAAAGGCAUCGUUCACAUCUGCGUCUGGGUCAAGACUCCCAUCGAGACUGACCCUACUACUGGUGAUGUCACCGACUUUUCCAGAAAGCUCAUCGAAGACUUUGUCAACAAUACUUUCGCAGCCAGAUUGGAUACUGUCUUUGGUCCAGGUAAAGGCAAGGAACACGUUCUCUGGUUCAAGAACUGGGUUGCACUGCAGAGCGUACGCGGUGUUGAUCAUAUCCAUGUUCUGGUUCGCGAUGCUCCAGAAAGCAUACUAGAAGAUUGGUUCAAAGAAACCUAG